AACUGGCCAUGUGUGACUUCCUUUUCAAAGCCAGAUUUGACGACACCGUGCCGGUACUUCUGCUCGAGAAUGGCUUGUCCAUACAUGCAUGAUUCAGUCUGGCUUCAGCAAAGGAAGUUUGAAGAUGCUGAAGCAUUUUACCAGAAAGUCCUGGUAGGAUCAAGCACCACAGGAGCCCAGCAGGCAGGACCAUCAGGCCAGAAAACUGAGACAAGCUCUAUCAAAAACGAAAUCGCUCAGGCACGACAACAUAUACAAAAUGUUUUGAGAUCUGGUGGAUGUUCUGGAGCCGCAGCAUCAUCUGGUGGCGGGGAUGCUACAGCAAGGAUUGAAAACCUGGAAAAGGAAAACAAGGAACUCCGUAAUGCUGUAGAUGAAAUGAAAUCCCUUGUCCAGAAGUUGGAAGGACGUGUUAAGAUCCUGGAAGGUGGAUCAAGUGCUCCUGCUGCUUCAGCUGCUCCCUCUGCAGCCACUGCAGUGGCCCCAGCUGCUGCUUCAGCUGCUGCAGAUGAUGAUGAUAGUGACAGUGAUGUUGACUUGUUCGGCAGUGAGGAUGAGGAGGAAGUAGCAGAGCGUGAAAGAGUCAAACAGGAAAGAGUAAAGGCUUACCAAGAAAAAAAGGCUAAAAAACCUGCCCUCGUAGCAAAAUCUAGUGUUAUUUUAGAUGUAAAACCUUAUGAUGAUGAAACUGAUAUGAAGGCAGUGGAAGAUUCACUGAGGUUGAUAAAACAGGAUGGUUUAGUCUGGGGUGCAGCAAAACUAGUUCCUUUGGCUUAUGGAAUAAAGAAACUACAAAUUGGUAUAGUUAUUGAGGACGCUAAAGUCUCAGUAGAGGAAUUGUCAGAAAAAAUUACAGAGGACUAUGAAGAUCUGGUUCAAAGUGUGGACAUUGCUGCUUUCAACAAACUGUGAGGAGGUCUGGUGUCAGAGGCUGGAAAUGUUCAGUGAAAGACAAUAAAUGAAAUUAGUGCUAA